AUGGAGAUGAGCUUAGACAUAUUACCCAAUGCGGACGACAAUCGAGCUAGAGAUCUGGAAGUCAUACACCUCAACAGGAUGAGCUCAAAUAUAUCAUCCAGUGCAGACCAGAACAAAGCUCGUGGUGUGCAGCAAACGCCUCGAGAUGCCCUUAACAACAAAAUAGAUGAGCUGGAGCAAAGGCUAGCUGCCCUGACCGCCGACAUUUCUCCUUCAAAGGUCAUCCAAUGCCAGCUUCAGAACCGCAGAAGAGCAGACGUCACCCACACCACUCUCCCAAAAUGCUCUGGGAAAGCACGCAAUUCCACAGCGCCGACUUCGCAGGUCCCUUCAGCCUCUUCCUCCAGACGCGAAGGUCGAGCGCCGACAACGACUCGUCCGUCGGCCUCUUCUUCCAGGCGCUCUUCGUUCAGGGUCAAUCAGCCAGCUAGCACUCAGACUAGUCGACCUGCUCGACUUAACCGAAGGAACAACACUACUUGGCCUCCUCCUACAGUCCUUCGUGACGGGAAACAGGCUCUCCAGUCUCUCCGAGCAUUCUCAGACCUCCGCGAUGACGUUUACUCUGCCAUGCAAGCCGAAGAGCCCUACCUACCCUUCCGCGUCCCACAACAGCAGACACAACGGCCGCCCUCAUCGGUCUCGACAGCAAAUGAUGUGGGCACGGGAAGCUCGCAGGACCGUCACGAAUACUCAAAUCACGUCCCAGCCGCCAACAUCGACUGGACUUCGGCAUCCACCCGCCGCCGCGAGUACGAGAAGAUCGACCAAGCACGCAGCGGCUUGCGCGGCUUCAUACGACGCGUCACCCCGCGUAUCUUGCGGCGGAAGACUGGUCGAGUCGGCUUUCAUGAUGAUGGCAAAGGUAGCGAUGCGGGGACGGUGAGGCGGUUCAGGAUGGAUGUGGCGGAUGGGGAUAGUGCUGUUGACGAAAGUGCAAAGAGCCACUGGUGGAAGUUCGGCAAGAAGAAGAAGGCGAAAGGGAAGGGCACGUCGUCAUCCACAGAGCUAUGA